AAAAUAGGGGUAGGCAAAAAUUCGGCGACGGAUAAUGCCGUUAGUCCGUACGGCCAUGGCGUCGCUGGCCUUCUACUUCCACCCGAAAUCCCUUCUCCGCCGCAAGAACCCUUUUACCGCCACCGCCGGUAUCGGACGCCGCCUUCCUCACUUUUCUUCUAAAAUUCAGCUUCAAUUCCGGAUCUCGAGGCCUUUUUCAUCUAUCUCUUGUGCAUCCGUGGAAUUAGAAUCCACCUCAGCUUCCUCCACCGCGGAGAACUGGAAAACUAUUGACCCUGGGUACUUGUCGUGUUCCUUACCGGAAAAGAGGCCGCUCAAAGUGGCGGUUCUUGUCAGCGGCGGAGUGGACAGCAGCGUCGCCCUUCGCCUCCUCCACGCCGCCGGUCAUUCUUGCACUGCUUUCUACCUCAAAAUCUGGUUCCAAGAAGACUUUGAGAAUUAUUGGUCAGAAUGCCCAUGGGAAGAAGAUUUGAGAUACGCAAAAUCUGUUUGUGAUCAGGUUGAUAUACCCUUGGAAGUUGUCCAUUUGACAGAUGAAUACUGGAAUAAUGUGGUAUCGUAUAUCAUUAAUGAGUACCGAUGUGGCCGAACUCCAAAUCCAGAUGUCCUUUGCAAUACAAGAAUAAAAUUUGGUGCAUUUGUUGAUGCAAUAAGUAGUAUGAAAUUUGAUUUCAUUGCAUCUGGACACUAUGCAAAGGUAGUUCACCCUGACAACAGCGAAAAUGGGACUUCUACUUUGGAAUUGUCAAAAGAUCCUGUUAAGGAUCAGACCUAUUUUCUUUCUCAUCUUUCACAGUCGCAGCUUAAAAGACUUAUCUUCCCUCUUGGAUGUCUCCGAAAGGAUGAGGUUCGCAGACUUGCUAAAAUAUUUGAAUUACCUAACCAAGAUAGGAAGGAUUCACAGGGAAUAUGCUUUCUUGGGAAGAUAAAGUUCAGUGAAUUCAUUGCUAGACACAUUGGUGAGGAAGAAGGUGUGAUAUUAGAAGCUGAGACGGGCGAUUUUCUUGGGAAACACAAAGGAUUUUGGUUCUAUACAAUUGGCCAGCGUCAAGGUUUAUGCCUUCCCGGUGGACCUUGGUAUGUUGUCGAGAAAGAUGUGGAACAUAAUGUUGUGUUUGUGUCAAGAAACUAUUUUUCAGUAGACAAGAGACGACGUACAUUUCGCGUUGGAUCAUUACGAUGGUAUAACGGUUCUGCUCCACAAGAAAUAACAGAUCUCCAAUGCAAGGUGAGGCACAGCCCUGGUUUCUACACUUGUGACGUAUCAAUAGAAGUCGACAAAGAUGGUGUCGAGACUGCAGUUGUCAAAUUAUCUGAAGACGAUCAAGGUCUGGCUGCGGGUCAGUUUGCCGCCUUCUACCAGGGGUCGACCUGCAUCGGAUCUGGUGUGAUCUUGGACUCAGAUGGCUUUCCUGUUUGUGCCAAGGCACAAGAGAUGGCGAGAAUGGAAGACAAGUUGAUGCUCGGGAAGCCGGUGAAGAUUAAAGUGAUGCUGGCGGAGAGUCGGGACAGAGGCAAGGCAAAUUCAGGGCUUACUGUUGCUGCAUCCACCUCGCAUGAAUCAAUGGUGUCCGGUAAGGCCUAUCCUCUAAAAUGGAUCCAACAGCUCCUGGAUAAAUUUACACAAAUCUUCUAGCUUCUCUACAUAUUUUCAAAUUAUAUAUAUAUAUAUAUAUAUAUGAGAAAUGAAGAAACAAAGGUUGAAAUGUGAUGUUUAUCUUUUGUAAUUUAUUUUUGCGCUAUACUUUUGUAAAGUAUGAUAAUUUAAAUAGCUUUUAAAUUAUUUCUCUUACAUUUUUU